ACACUGAGUCACUCAAUUUAUUCCUUUCAAUUCCAACUUUGUUUGUCAGCCCACUUCUCAUUUCUCAUUCUACUCUGCCCAGUUAAUAUCACUUCCUUACUUUCUCUCUCCUCUUUUUGUCUUCCUUCAUUCAUUCUCUCUCUUCACCUUCUUCAAUGGCUGCCCCUCCUCAAUGCCCUGAUCCUGAUAAUUCCGAACCUCUCAAAUAUAAGACAUGGGUGUUAAGAGUUUCUAUUCAUUGUGAAGGAUGUAAACGGAAAGUCAAGAGAAUUCUCCAUAGCGUAGAAGGAGUUUACACAAUAGAUGUGGAUACAAGGCAACAUAAAGUGGUGGUUACAGGAAACGUUGAUGCAAACACUCUUUUAAGAAAGCUUGAAAAAUCUGGUAAACAUGCUGAGUUAUGGCCUGAUUUCUACAAAAACGAACAACAACAACAACAACAAUUUCAAAACCAAAACCAAAACCCAAAUGUUGUUGAAGAACAGCAGCAGAAUAACAACACAGAACCCCAAAAAGUACCUGAGAAUAAUCCACCCCAACAACAACAACAACAGCCACAAGUUAAAGAAGUUAGAUUCGAAGCUAAUAUUCCGGCCACCGGAGAUUCUCAACAACCACCCGGGAACGGAGGCGGCGGCGGAGGUGGCGGAGCUAAAAAGAAGAAGAAAAAGAAGAAAGGAGGGCAAAAUGGUAAUAACACUACAAACAACGCCGCGACACCGAACAACGGUGGUGGUGGUGGGAAUGGUGAGACAGUUACGGAACAGGUGGCUAAUGGUGGACCGCCAAGUGGCGAAUCACAACCUCCACCUCAGCAAAAUCCGAAUCCGAGUCCGAAUCCAAACCCGAACCCGUACCCGGAAAAUGUGAGUCCGCCACGUCAGCACCCGCCAAAUACUCGGGUAUACGAGUACCCACCAACUACAUACUACGCGCCUCCACCAGUGUACGCUGUUAGUUACAAUACGGCGUAUCCUAGCAGCAAUUACACUGCUUCGUACUAUUCUGCGCCCCCGCCUUAUUCCUACGCGUAUGUACAUCACGGGGGUGACGUGGAGGGUUUUGCGCCGUUGGAUUGGAAUCCGCAUGCUGCUCCACCGUCCGAUUCGUUUGAGAUUUUUAGUGAUGAAAACCCGAAUGCUUGCUCCGUUAUGUGAGAGGAAACGAAUCGGGUUAUUUGAUUUUAGGAAACGGAUAUCGAUAAUCGUAUAUCGUAUAUGUAUGUAUACAACUCGUAUAAAGUGGGGGGUAAUUUUGGUAAUUUAAUUAAUGUUUAUAUCUUAAUCUAGGUGCCAAUUUGAGGAGAAAUAAGGGGUCCUUCAAAUGAUGGUGUAAUUUUCUUUAUUCACUUUUAGAAUUUAUAAUUGUUAAAACUAGUGCUAAAUUUGGUUCUAGUAAGUUCUUUGUUACGGAGUAGUUGUUUAAUGUAUACAAACCCCCCUUUUUAAUGUAAAGUGUAUUUUGGCUUUUAGCUAAUGGUCUAAUCAGUAUAACGGAUGGUGUAAAAGGUUAAAUUUUA